CUGUGCCUAGUUUAUGGCAGGGGAGGUAACUAGCUCACCACGUGUGUUCGGUUAAUGCAGCGUGGUUCCAGAGCAGAACAUCCGGCUGCAGAGACAGGCAGGUCCCUGAUAAAUAAGUUUCUGCGUUUUAGGACAAGAUGUCUUUCCGAGGCGGCGGUGGAAGGGGAGGUGGCUUCAGUCGAGGAGGUGGAUUUGGUAGUCGAGGAGGUGGAUUUGGUGGCCGAGGUGGAUUUGGCGGCAGAGGGGGCGGCUAUGGAGGCCGGGGUGGUGGUGGGGGCCGUGGAGGCUUCAGACAGGACUACGGGCCUCCAGAGUAUGUAGUGGGAUUAGGAGAGUUCAUGCACCCCUGUGAAGAUGACAUUGUGUGCAAGUGCACUGCAGAAGAGAACAAAGUUCCUUACUUCAAUGCUCCCGUUUAUUUGGAAAAUAAGGAACAGAUCGGAAAGGUGGACGAAAUAUUUGGACAGCUCCGGGGUUUUUACUUUUCGGUCAAACUCUCAGAAAAUAUGAAGGCAUCUUCAUUCAACAAAUUACAGAAGUUCUAUAUAGACCCAGCAAAGUUGCUUCCCCUGCAGCGCUUCCUGCCUAGACCGCCGGGUGAGAAGGGUCCUCCGAGAGGCAGGGGGAGAGGUGGCAGAGGAGGCCGAGGAGACUGGGGUGGAGGCGGACGAGGGGGUCGUGGAGGUGGUUUCCGCGGUAGCAGAGGCGGUGGUGGUGGAGGAGGCUUUAGAGGCGGCUUUAGAGGAGGAAGAGGUGGAGGUGGUGGCCGAGGUUUCAGAGGUGGAAGAUGAUGAAAACAGGAAGCGCGACCUGCACUGACCUGGUUCUAGUUUAUGCAGCAGCUGUUUGGCAUCAAAGAGGCUGCAGCUCAUCUGUUGGUUUCUUCAUAUUUGAGAAAGUGCUUUUAUUAUAGCGACAGUGACCAGUACAUGAAAACUAUUUUAAACUGCUUGUUACUUUCACAUUUUGUAUGAACAUUCCAAUCAGGGAUGCCUGUGUAAUUAAUUAAUUAAAUUAAUUAAUUCGUUUUUUUGGUUGUAGCCUACUUUUUUUAAAUGUAUUUUUAAUUGAAACCAUUCUUCAUAUCACAAUCUGUGAGAUGUUGGCAAAUACUAUUUCAGGCCCCAUUUUGGUGAGAGAUUUCUAAAGCAUUGUAUAUAACUGUUUUUUCAAGUUACUUUCUGAAGUAAGUAUUGCCUGGAAUGAUAUUGCCAAAAUGUACUGUACUGGGAUUUAAUACAAUAAACCCAACCAUUAAGAAGUUA